AAUGGUGAAAAGUUUGAAAUAUUUGGGUGAGAAAUAAACACUGUUCCGGGGGAUAUGCGUUCUACAGUACGACUUUCUUUUAUGAUGUAUCGCUAGGAUGAGGAAGUUUUCACAAAAGAAUAAUGUUACAUGCUGAUUGGUAAUGGUUUAAAGGGCUCAAGUCUUUGAUAAAUUAAAGGAAUAAAGAUUAACUGAAAAGGAAUUUAACCUUCAUAGGAAGUCUUUGUAUAUAUGGCGUGUUAUUUGCAUAAUCUAGUAGCCUUAUGGGAUUAUUGGAAUUAAUACAUGUAAGAGACGUGAUUGAUGAAUAGGCUGGUAAAAUAUGUAUACGCAGAGUUACACAAUAUGUAAGUAAGGGACCGGUUAGAAUCCUGGUGUUGGCAUAUACUGGAUUGUUUACACAAUGAAGAAACGAAAAAAAUGUUCAGAAAUAAAUGGAAUUAUAUUUUGAAAUAAUCACCAUAUCAACUACAUAAAACAAAAAUGUAAGUGCUUAAGAAAUAAGUAAACCCAAAAGUGCAUAACAUAGCCGGGAUAAGGGAGUUAAGGUACAACCAAGAAAUAACAUAGUAAAGGCUAGCGUGAAAGUUCACCUGACCACUGGUUAGUGUGAAGAUGCAUCGUCAAAGGGAGAUUGGAAAGGUUGAUACUCAAAAUAUAAGUACCUCUCCUAGUACAGGUCGAGAUUACCUUAAGGAGUAUAGACUAAAAUAUGGGAAACUAUCAUUGGAUGAAACAAAAAGAGACCAAAUAUCAAGAUCAAAUUCAGAUCCCAAAACAUCCUCAAAGAUAUUUUCAAAACAUCUUACCAGGAGCAGAUCGACUACUUCUGCUGAGGAGGAAUUAGAUCAAGAAAGGCCAUACAUUGAAAGAUCUAGUGCACAAAGUCCCCCCAGCUUACAAAGUCCUGGAGAUGAGACUGAGAUAUCAAAAAGAACAUCGCCAAGGAUUGAAUCAAUUCUAAGCAACCCUAUGAUCAGAAAAUAUCUUCAGCCAAAGUCACCCUGUGAAUCCCCUACUGAGUUUUAUAAUCCAGAUAUUGGGGAUAAUAAAACCAAUCGAUCUUUAUUGAAAUCAAAGGUGAAUCCGGCCCCCCAUAGACAGAAAAGUGGUCCCAUUAAAUCAUUGAUUUCUGACCGGAAUGUACAUGAUCAAUUAAUUAAUAAUCAAGAGAAGUACGGAUCUAAUGAACCUCAUAGUAUUACAUCAAAAUAUGGAUUAACUCAUCAUGCGAGUGAUUCUGGAUUGCCAAGGGAUAAACCUAAUUUGCCAGGAAUGAGGCAUUAUGGGAGUUUAGUUGAUCUGAGAACUCGAGAGAAUUUAUCAAAACCUGAAGCAAUUUCUAAUGAUAAGUAUACUCCACCAGAUAUUAAACAAUCAGUUGAUUCUCAGUCUAAGAAUCAGGAAUCAAAUCCGUCCAAUUUUAAAUCCUUUACCAGGAAUAGCACCAAAGACACACAGUCCGUCCUUUCACGUUUUCACAUUCCAAGUUUUAGUGAAUUUCGUAAGCACCAUAACCAAUCUGAUUUAUGUGCUCAAGAUCAAUCUUGUGUUUUUGAUACAAUAGAUAAUGUGGAGAAAGCACUAAAUAGACGCCAUAUCCAAAAUCAGGAAUGUACCCAUAAUGCAUCAGGUAAUCCUACUGUGCCAAAGAUAUUGAUAGACCAAUCAAGUUCACCAAGAGACAAAAAUCAUCACUCAUUUUCUGAUGAUGAACCACGGAAACAUGCAUGCUCUAUAUCGCGGCGUGACCAUGUCCACCAUAGGCCUAUUAUUCAUAGCCAUAACACAGACAUUAAAAACACCCACAUUGACGGUAAUGCGAAAAAUAUACCAUCCAAAAUGGAAAAUCAAAUUCCAGAAGUACAGUAUUCCUCAACUGGAAUUGAAAUUGGUGCCACGAGAAAAACACAUAAAUCAAAGCACAAUAGGAAAAGUACAUCGCCAUCCUUGGAGAACCAUAUAUCUGGGACAUAUAGUGACACGCUGAAGCAGAUGAAGGAGUCAAUCCUUGGUCCCCAGUUGGUGGAAGUACUGGAGCAAGUGUCCUGUGAUAAUGUUAGCUCUGCUGACGGGGAUUCUGCAGCUGAUGCCCUGGGACUCGUUGUGACUAGGAGCACAUCAGAUGUUUCGGAUAUGCAUGCUGAGAAUGUUCGUAAGAAGGAAACACGAAGCGUGAGGCGACGUCAGAAUAAAAGUGAUAUCUUCAAUGAAUAUGAUCUCAGGCAAAAACAGCAGAGUGCAAAAACUAAUGACAUUAACCCUGCAGAAACAUCUGCAAUAAGGAAUGAAAAGCACAUGAAGAGACGUAAACAUAAAAUUAGACAUGUUGAGUCUGUGGAUGAUGAUAAUAUGGUUGAUACAGGGGCCAAAGAUCAAGAUUUGGGAAUAAAUAGCAAGAACUUAUUAACACCAAAUAGCACUUUUGGUAGUACAGAAUUAUCCCCUGAAGAUCAUAAAAGAAAUCGGGAUCAAGAACGGAGUCGUAAAUUGUCAAAAACCGCAACAAAAGAAGACAUUUUAAGUUUCCUCGAUAGCUUAAAGCAGACUGGAUUUACAGCUGAUGAUAACAACAGCAUAAAUAGUCACGAACCUGAUGACCUUGGUCAUGAUGAGGACUCUUUGUGUGAUGAGAAUCCAUCUUCAGCCCAAGUUCAGAGGUCUGACAGUGGCGUAGGCUCAGAGACCAAAAUUGACAUCAGGGAUGAGGCUGGCGAAAAGGGUGCAGUCUGUGAUGACUGCGAGCGUACCAUCAAGUUAGAGGACCUUGAAAGUUCUGUAGAGGAAGAUGGUGAAGAAUAUGUAUGUAAGAAGUGUGAGUCUAAACGUAUUGAGAGGAAAGAAACCAUACAGGAAAUAGUCAGUACUGAGCUGAGCUAUGGUAGAGACCUGAAGAUCAUGAAAGAGGAAUUCUGUAUACCAAUGGAGACAGCAGGACUGUUAACCACUGAACAAACAGAGACAAUUUUUCAAAACCUUGAUGAACUCAUUGCAAUAAACGAUGAAUUUGCAGACGUCCUUCAAGAUGCCAUAGAACUAGCUAAUGAGCAAGAUGAUGAGAACUUCAAUACUGUUGAUAUUGGGAAGUUGUUCUUAGAGGCAUCUAACAUGUUAUUAGCAUUUGAGAAAUAUUGUGUAAAUCAGUCUGCUGCGACGCUGCUACUUGAACAGCUGGAGAAAGAGAAAGAGUUGUUGCAUAUUUUCCUUCGUGUUUCUCAAGCGGAGAACUCGAUUUGUCGCAGGAUGAAUCUGAAAUCAUUUCUGAUGAGGCCUGUUCAAAGAAUUAUGAAGUAUCCUCUCCUGUUGACCAGACUCUAUAAGGCCACAACCAACCACCAUAAAGACAAAGACAGUAUUAAAACAGCACAGCAGAAGCUAGAGAACAUCAUUGAACACAUCAAUGCUAAAACUAAGAGAAGUGGAAUCAAAUUGAAGAGACGAUCUUCCAGUACGAAAAAACAUGAUACAGAAAAUAUUGAAAUGAACAAGACUGUUAUUGAGACACUAGGCUGGAACAGGAACGAGGCAUUCAUAGUCAGUAGUGGCAAGCUGCUUUACACCCAACCAACUGACCAUCUCUGGGCCAAGAAAGGGAAAAGUCUCAAGUUCACACCUAUACAUGCAUUUCUAGUCACACAGGGAAAGUUAAAUCCCCAAAAUGUUCACAAAGGAGGUCUUAUGUUUCCCAAGUCAACUGGUGUCCAAAAAGCUGCCCUGGUGCUGAUCAAGGAAAAGGGUGGAAAAUAUACUUCAUUGAGGGAACCAUUCUAUCUUGAUAAAUGCAUAGUUGCCAUGGACCCAGAGUUUGAUGAGGUUUUUGAAAUAUUAGACACAAUCAAAGAGUCAUAUUUGUUCAAGAUGGAGGACCGCAGUGAUACAAUGGAAUGGUUCAAGAAGUUGAAACAACAAAGUAUUGAUGUCGGCGUUUGGAAAAGGAGACGUAAUGCUAUGGCAAAUAUAAUGAUCCAAAAGUCCUAGCAUAUUGUAUAGUCUGUUAACAGGCUCUUUUAUAUAUUACAUUACUGUAUAUGCAGUAAGGAAUUGAAACAACAAAGUAUAUGUUUUAGCGCUAGAGGCAGAGGCACAAUACUAUGAUUAUAUCAUGAUAAAUAAAUCCUAGUACAGUAUAUGAUAAGAAACCUAGCUCAUUAGAGUAAAUAUUUGAGUAGCAACAUUGAACUUGAAUUACAGAAAUGGUGAUAUUACAAAAUCUAAUGAGAUGAAAAUUUGACAAACCCCAGAAUAUAAAAGUGACUUCAAAAAACUAAGAGCAGAUUAGUGGACCACCAAAUAUAUUCAGCUUUAAUAUAUCUUACGUUAACAUUAGGUAUUGCUUGUGUAUAAAACUGUACAUGAUAGGUCCAAUCCAGGGCUCCAGAAAAGCAUUACAUGAAUUUAAUCAGGGUUGCUUUAUGUUACUAGUCAAUUACACCAAUUUUUAACUAUAGAAGACUUGAGACAUGAGACAGGGGCGUAACCAGCAAUUGUCAAGGGGGGUGCAACUUUUUGGGUUUGCAUCACUGCGAGCAAAGCAAGUCCCAAAAGG